CGCUUGGGCGAGCGCAGCGCCGAGGAGAAACUUUCCUCCGCGGGCGGCAUGCGAGGGCGAGCCGGUCCCGAGGAGGCGAGAUGAAGCCGAGCCGUGCAGCGGCCGUCCCCCGCGGGUGCGCCAGGAAGACGCGUGUGGGCAGGCGGCGGCUCCCUUCGCCUUAAGUCGCCAGCGCUUUCGGGCGCCGAGAUGGGUCAGUCCCAGGCGGCGCGCUGCCUGCUGCUCCUCGUGGCCCUCGCCGCCGUCGGGGGCGGCCACGCUCACUUCGCCUUCCCCCUGCAAGUGUCCCCGCCGGUGCCCCCCAACGGUUCCCUGGUUCCCAUGCCCGUGCUGCUGAAGCGGCCAGGCGGCGGCCCAAAGCCUCAGCAAGGAGCCGCGGGCUUGGCCUUAGCUUCGGACUCGGGCGGCUCGGUCAACUUCAUGGCCAUGGUGGACAACCUGCAGGGAGACUCGGGCCGCGGCUACUACCUCGAGCUGCUCAUCGGCACGCCAGCGCAGAAGCUGAAUAUUCUAGUGGACACUGGAAGCAGCAAUUUUGCAGUUGCUGGUGCACCAAAUCCAGAUCUGAGUACAUACUUCAACAAAGAAAAGUCAAGCACAUAUAAGCCACUGGGCACUGAGGUUACUGUUAAAUAUACCCAAGGAAGCUGGACUGGAACCCUUGGCACAGAUGUUAUUACAAUGCCUAAAGGAAUCAAUGGCAGCUAUACUAUCAAUAUUGCAACCAUCUUUCAGUCUGAACAGUUCUUUUUAAAAGGCAUUAAAUGGCAGGGGAUCCUGGGACUUGCCUACGAUUCCUUGGCCAGGCCUUCAAGUUCUGUGGAGACAUUUUUUGAUUCUCUUGUGUAUCAAGCAAAGAUCCCAAACAUUUUUUCCUUGCAGAUGUGUGGAGCUAGUUUACCAGAUUCUGCAAGUGGUACCAGUGGAGGUAGUCUGGUCCUGGGUGGAAUCGAACCAAGCCUAUACAAAGGAGAAAUCUGGUACACACCUAUUAAGAAAGAGUGGUAUUAUCAGGUUGAAGUACUCAAAUUGGAGGUUGGAGGGCAGAUUCUUAAUUUGGACUGCAAAGAGUACAAUGCAGAUAAAGCCAUUGUAGACAGCGGCACCACUCUCCUGCGCCUGCCAGAAAACGUCUUCAGUGCUGUUGUGCGUGCAAUUACAGAAACAUCUUUGAUCCAAGAAUUCUCAUCUGGAUUUUGGAGUGGUGCACAACUUGCUUGCUGGGACAAAACUGAAAAACCUUGGACCUUCUUUCCAAAGAUCUCUAUCUAUCUGAGAGCUGAAAAUUCCAGCAGAUCAUUUAAAAUUACAAUCUUGCCACAGCUUUAUAUCCAGCCUAUUGUAGAAGUUGGUCAGAAUCUUGGCUGUUACCGGUUUGGCAUCUCCUCCUCUUCUAAUGCCCUGGUCAUUGGUGCUACAAUGAUGGAAGGAUUCUAUGUCAUCUUUGACAGAGCACAAAAAAAAGUGGGCUUUGCUUUAAGUACUUGUGCUGACAUGGAUGGUUCUCCAAUAUCUGAGAUUGAAGGUCCUUUCUCAACUGCAGACAUUGCAGGCACCUGUGUGCCCAGCAUCUCUCUCCAUGAGCCAUUGCUGUGGAUUGUGUCCUACACCCUAAUGAGUUUCUGUGGACUUGUCCUCCUUAUACUCAUUGUCUUACUGCUGCUUCCACCUCGCUGCCGUCAUCACUAUACUGAUGAGGUUGUCAAUGAUGAAUCAUCUUUAGUGCAGCAUCGAUGGAAAUGAAGAACUCGAUCAAAGCGCAAGGAAUCCUGUACACUGCUUAGCAGAAUUUAAGGGUGGCCUAUUCCAACCAAAGGUGGAAGUCCAAGCAUCUCUCCUCAUAAACAUAAGCACCAAGUUUUGCCACAGAGGGCUUCAGUGCUGCUGUAGCGUAAUUUUAAUCUUUAUUUUCUAACACUGACUUUUGAACCAAAUAUGUAUAAAGCCACUACAAGUGCUACUCUACAAUUUCUAGUUGACAAUCCUACCGCUUAGCCAAUUAUUAUCUUGUUUAAAAUGGUAAAACUUAUUCUAUAAUUUCACAAGAUUGCCUUCUCCACCCUCCAUCAGAAACAUGCAAACCACAAUUGUGGUUUUGGUAAGUCACUAGACAAACUGAAUAUCAGGGUGGGGUGAUGAAUCAAAAUCGUUAUCGAUCUUUUUUUAAAUUAGUAUUGACAUUAAGGGAGAGUGGGGAUUUUUUUUUUUUUUGUGAACCACAUCUAUGUUAGUGGUUGGUGGAAAGGGAGGUUAGUCAUUUGUGCAGAAGGAAGCAAGGCAGAGUAAAGAGUCUUUUCUUUUUUCUGUUCUUUUCUUCUUCUCUCUCUCUCUCUCUCUCUCUUUCUCUUUCUUACUUACUUACUUAGAAGGAUAUCUGUCACUUUUAAUUGAUCUCUCUUUUUGACUCUCAAAGAGAUGAACUAGGGAAAACAUUGAAACCAAAACCUAUUGUACAGCCUUAAUACAAAACAAGACUACCUCUGAAUUUACAAGGAUGCUAUUCACAAGUACGAUGCAGGUAGAACUGCUCAUGACACCGAAGAUCACUUUCCACAGGAAUAGAACAGUGGCUUCACUCCUUUCACUCAUCCUUUUGCCAUUUUUUCACUUUAAUGACAUUUUAAAACACCGGACUUUAUCACCCACAUUAGCAUCCUCUCUUUUGAAUUCAUGCGUAACUAAUCAUGGGAUGAACUCUUUGAGCCUUUGAACAUGCAUCCAGUAAAGGGCGAGUCUUUUUAAACCUUGAGGAUGUCUCUAACAAGUAGAAAUUGAAAUGAGUGUAAGGUGAACCUCUUCAAUUAAAAGGUGGCCUAUUUGGCCAAGGCCACCGUUUGGAAAGCCAAUUGGCAUUUCAUGGACAAACAGUGAAUUAGGUUGUGGCCCAUUUAACUAAGAUGGAUCUUUUUCCUCUUAGCCUGCUACCACAGCAGUUUCAGCAGGGCACCCUUCGGACAUUUAUUCACACAAAUGCCCUGGCCUGUGCCAGCGUCCUCCCAUGAUUUUAUGUUGGUAUGUUAAAAAGGUGAUGACUUUGUUUGCACAACAUUGUGGUCUACCACAGGUAACCUAGUCAUUGUGCCAUCUGAGCCCAGUGUGGUUUCUGUAGGGUGCUUUAUUUUACAUGGACAAACUACCCUACAAACCAAAGGCUUAUUGUGGCAUUGCUCCUGCAUAUAAUGCAUUGUUACUUCAUCCAAACCCAACGGGGUGACUUCCUUGUGGGAAUGGUCAUGGGGCCACUCUGCUGCUUGCUUUUGCACUUUCCAUCAGUGCUGAAAUAACACUUUGGAAGGACCAUCACUUCUUCCUGGGCCUUUAUUAUUAUUUGGUGUCUUAAAAAUGCACAGUUGGGUCACUUGCCUUGCCUGGCUUCUGAAUUGGGCAUUAAAAAAAAGGGCAGUCCUUGGCAAGCACACGCGUAUGCUUCUCUGGAAUGUAUAGUCUUUCCUGGUCAAUUUCCCUGAUGGUUUUAGGUGACACAGCGAAGCAAGCAAGGCCCACUGCAUAUAGGCUAAUGCACAGUUGCCUAACAGUCAAUGAGAAAGCACCAACAAAGGGCAAAAAAGAGGGUGCACCAAAAGGGGGUGGUGAUAAUAGCACCCCCUAAUGCAUUCCUGUCACUUUUAAGUGCCAAACUGACAGUUCUCAAAAACUUCUACCCUCUCAACUCUUCCCCAAGUCUACAUCAUCUUCAGAAAGAAGAUAUUAGCUCCACACACACCCCUUCUACGCAACUUCUUUCCGAAGCACUUCUGCUGCAGUUACCUGGUUCACUGGCAUGUAUUUUGUCAUGCAAAAUUAUACACAAAUUGAAUGGCUGGUAAGUAAAUGGAGGGAGAAUGUCUGCACUUGCACUAACUGCUCUUUCCUUUCCGAGCAGAUGCGGGAAAGGGUUGAAAAGAAGGCAGACAGUGUGAAGCAUCAUUCGGCACUUAAAAACAGCAGGAUCACUUUGCCAGGGAGUGAUAUUGUCACAAUCUCCUUUUGGUGCACCACUGUUUUUUGUGUUUCAUUGGUGCUUUUCUGCUUCCGCUAGGCAACUAUAUGCAACGGAAUGAACAAAAAGGGGUGGCAGUCAGAUCAAAGAAAGGGAAGCAAGUUCUUCCACAGAGGACAUGGGGCAACAUGCUGGAGUUGCCUGGAGGUCUGAGGAACAAAGAGGAGAACAAAUCACAGUAUCAAAUGAUCUCUUGAGUAUAAGAUGGGUGGUCCAUGGGGUGGCUUAAUGCGACGUGCAAACCUGCCCUUUCUGUGCUGAGUUCCUUAGUAUAACAGCAUCAGUUGGCCUGCCCACAAGCCAUUUAGGGCAGGUUGGCUUUUUUAUUCACUAUUGCCCCAAAACUGAAUGACUGGAGUUCAAAUUGUCAAAAGCACUGAAAAUGAAUUGAGACCAAUACUCCUAAGUUGUCUUAUUAACUAGAAACCUUUCCAAACAAGAGAUUAGAUUAGGGAAAUGGGCCUAACCCUUCAAUAUUAAUUUCCCUCUAUGUAACCCAGUUUUACAAUAAUAGGAAACUUACUAGAACAUUGUUCCUGGGUUACUUACUGCAACAUCUGGUCUCUAGUAAGAGGAAUCCAGUUGCUAGUUGAGCAUCAGGAGAAACUUCCUGACCGUUAGAGCAGUAUCACAGUGAAACCAAUUCCCUAAGGAGAUUGUGGGCUUCCCCAUGCAGGAGGUAUUCAAGAUGCAGCUGUUACGGAUGCUUUAACAUGAACUCCUGCACUGAUGGCCUUACUGGCCUCUUCCAGCCCUAAUAGGAUUCUGUAACUGAGAGUGCUAGGUUUGGACAUCACAACUAACAAUGCAGGAAUGGGACAUGGUUGGGUUGUUGAGCAAAGCAGCAGCAGCACUGCAUAGGAGGCAGAGUGCUUGUCCUAUAACCCCUGAUCUGUCAUUAUGUAUGAAGCAGGUCAAAGAAAGUGCACCCAGAUUCACUGAUCGUUGUUCUUUUAAGAGAUACGAUUAAAAAUCCCUUUGUUAUAUAGACAGUAGUAGUGGGAUGGUAUACAAAAAUCUUAAAUAGUGUCCUUCCAUCAAAUGAACAGAUGGAGCUGAAUUGAAUUUCCUCUUCCCCCUGUAGCUUCCUGUUCCCCAAAUCUAUACCAGAUGAUUAAAGACCGCCCUCCCCACACACACACACACACACACACACACACACACACACACACACACAGCACAUGUGAAGAGGCUUGGUGGGGAUGUGGGAGGAGAGGAAAGAAAGGAAACUGGGAUUGUGGAAGGGAAAGUUAAUGCCAGGAAAUUGUGCUUUUCAGAAUAAUACCAUUUUCAAUAAGACCCAUCUUGUUUUUUCCUAAAAGAAAAGAUUUUUACACACAUCUCUACAUCAUAGGGCAAGCAACCAACCAACUAAAGAAGAAAUAACAUCCUUGGAGCAUGUAUACUAGUUGCACUGAUAAUAAAGAAAAACUUGCACUGGCAGAUUGCUUGAGCAUUGUUCUCAGUUUAAAUUUAAAUGACAAUUAAACUUACCCCUAGCUUUGCUCUCCAAGGUAUUUCACAUCAGUGCCUAUUAACUCUUUCAUUUGUAAUAACAAGGGUUAGGGCAAUAUAAAUACAAAUACUUGAAAUACAUAAGCAAUAAUCCAGUAAAUAAGAAAAAGCAACGUAGUGUGAGGUGGGCGUUCUGAUUAGAUUCACUUGCCACUAAACGCUGACUAAUGAAGGCAACACUGCUGCAUUCUUGUAGCACAACUUAAAGCCAUCCUUCUAAAUUGAGAUGUGCAGUGGCAGAUAGUCAGGCAGUUUAUUGCUCUGCUGCUCAGGUAACAGGAACAGCAAGAGCAGCCCUAACAAAGCUCUAUUUUGGACCUGAAACACAUUAAGGAAAUGCACUGUGAAAGGUGCAGCACCUCUCCGUCUUGCACAUCAUCCCUUCAGACAUGUUUUCCUGUUGUAAAAGUUAUUUGAAGAAACCUGUAGCUAAAUUGAAAGAGGCUGCUGUGUAAAAAUUUGAAGGAAGGUUUGUUGAUUAGCUAGAGCAUUGUUUUCUUCAAUGAACUCUCUUAAAAUUGGACUCCAUGGGAAAGCACUCUUAAUUUUUGACCACCCAGGUUUUAUUCAUAUUAUUUUAUAGUUGCUUUCUUUUUGCAUAAAGAUGUUAUCAAUGAAAAUAUGGGACAUUUUUAUUUUAAAGCAUAAGAUUACAUCCCAGACAAAAUGCAUGCGUGGUGGUUCCACACAGUUAAGUCUGGUGAUGGACUGUACCAAUUUUGACUGUGGGUGGGGUUACAAAAUACACAAGUGCUCAUUUUGUUACAAGUACAUCAUGCUAGGAUAAAACUUUCUCCCAGACAUUCUAGUUUUGGAUGUGUGUGUUCAUGCAAAGAGGUUUUGAAGUAGGGUAGCGUUCAAACAUCUGAUCUCUCCACCUGCAGUCUGAAAUGAUUCCUCCCAGCAACAUGUAGGUCUCAUGAGGCUGCUGAAAAGGCUAUUGAAAGAAACUAUAUGGUUGUCCUUUUUGAUUGGCAUGGAAAACAGAAUAAAUGCAGUACCCUUUAACAUUGUUAUUUAUGAUAUAUACUGACCUGAGCCUCAGUGCAGAUCAAUUUCUGUUAGCACCUUUGUGCAACAGAUAUUUAAUUUCCCUUAAUGAAUGAAAUACAACCCUCCACUCCAUUUUGCCUUUCAGUGUUCUCUGAGUUAAUGGGCACUAAAUCAAUAUCCACCAAAAUAUUCCUAUUCCCCAAUGUCUUUUGCUCUGUAAGAAUGCUAACUUGAGCAGCAGUUCAUCCAUCUCAGUUAAAUCUCAAGAUGGUAUUUCUUAGUGAAAUGAAGACAUUUUAUUACUUGCAUGGUUGUAAACUAGAACAUUUUUGCACUGCUUUAUUUAUUGCCUGUAUGCCUAUUUCCUUAUGUUUCAGUAUUCCAGGCAUAAUCUAUAAUGAUUACCCUAGUGACUUAUUUCUAAAAUAUUAGAUCUAAUUAAAAGUUUAUUAUCUAAGGAUGGUGAAAUCCUUGUGUCCAGGACACAUUUGACACAUUUAAUGUCAAUCCAGACACAUUUUGCACAUGAGACCAAACUGAAUUGCAAAAUAAGCUAAUUAAAGUCCACAAAACUUUUUGUACUCUCCCACAUCCCAGUGUUAUAUUUAGGAGUUGGUAAAUUAAUGCCAUCUUACAUUUACAUUUCACAUAAACAUGGACUGUACACACAGAGGGUUUCCUUGGGUAUGAAAUGUUAACUAAAUUCUGAUUUCAUUAUAUUCCAGUUUCACACAUCAUCAUUCAAAACACUGAAUAUAUUUAUCAUCAUAGCGUUGAACAUACAAGAAUUGUCCUCUGAAAGAUGAUAAAAGGAAAGUGUGUGCAGAUUUAUCAGGUGGUGAACCUUUGGUAUAAAUAUUCAUGUGGCAAAAUGUAAACUGAAUCCUGAGAAACUAACUGCCCUCAUUCAAGUCCAUUUAAUAUAAAUCUGGCCAUCUAGAGUCAUGUCCCCAUUUGAAUCCCCAUCUAAACUUCCAGGAAUAUAAUCUGCUUCCUAAAAGUGGGACAAGAUAGGUAGCACCUGCAUGAUGGUCCCCUAAUUCUUCAAAGGCACAGUUUUAUGAACGUUUAGAUAGAAAAAUGUCUUGUAGCUCCUAGAAUCCCUUAAAGAAUGCUUGGGGUUAUAGGAUUUUUUUUCUGCCUAAAUAUGCAUAGAAUUGAACUGUAAAUAUUUGGAUAUACCAGAAGACAAAAAUAUGUGCUGGUUACCAUUGCUAGGAUUGAGGAGGUAUAGCUAUUGAUUCCUGUUGGGAUUUAUUGUAUCAUUAGUUUUCAUUAUGCUAGAAUAUCUUUUUAUGCAGUGCAGAUAGCUGGCUAACUGCAAGUUAUGGACUCAUAUUUUCUCGAGGCUUUCUGUUAUAUUAAAAUGUUCCAAGGAAGAAAAAAAACUCUUUCAAAAUGGAAAAUAACCACAGCCUUCAAUAUUCUUUAGCUAUCAUUGGGUUUCAAGUUUAUCUUUCAUCGAUAGGAAUGCACUGUGGCUUUCCCAUUUUACAACCACAUUUAAACUUAUCCAAGUCUUUAAGUUCUUAGGAAGUUUAUAUACAAUUAAGCGUGCAUUCUGGGAAAGUCUUCUUAACGUCAAUAAUACUUUCACAUAUUUACCAACAAGAAGCUAUUUGACUUAAGAGGAUUGUACAAAACCAGCAGAAGCCAAACAUUUAAGCAGUUUCUUCUAUGCAAAUAUCACAAACUCAUUUCUUUUUCAGCAGGAACCCAUGGGAAAUGUUCCUUCACUUCAGGAGUGUUGAAACUCACAACCAUGGACCAAAUCCACCUGGGGUCUCAAUCCGGCCUACUGGGCUUUCCCAGGUGACCUCCCUUCCCUCAAUUACGUAUCAUUUUGGCGAAUUCUUGUUUUUGUUUUCCCAUUCUAAAAGGUCCAAAUACUUCUCGUUAGGAUUAGGACCUGGCAACAAGAGCUUUGACCUAUAAUAUGCCAGAAGUUUUGUUCUUCCCAUUUUGCUAUUGUUCCCACACACAACUGGAAUUUGACCCCCAAGGGCUUUUUUGAAACCAAAUUUGGUUCUUCAGUUGAAAGAGUUUUAACACCCCUGCCUUACUGGUAUGUUGAAAUUGUGCAUGAUUAUCAAUUUGAUAGGAUAUAUGCUAAAUGAGGGGAGGGGGGUUGAAUGGUUGAAAUCUCUCACAUGUUAAAAAUAAUAAAUCCUGGAGCAUUUUGUUGCACGAAGCAGUGUUCAACAGGAACAGAUGCAUCAUAUAGGCUUGCUGUUCUCUCUCCAUAGUGUCAGAUGAACUAGUCUAUGCAAUGUUGCCCAAUACAAGCAAAUAGAAAAACAGGAUUAUGUUGAACUGAAACAAUCCAAAGAAAUGAUAUGUAUGAGAAUGGGGACAUCUUAGGAGACAUCUGAUGGCUUUGAAAGCAUAAAUUGUUGGAACCAAAAUCACACUCCAAUAAAACAAACCCAACAUCAUGGGGACUUGCUGUGUGCCAUAGUCAGUAGUGAGAACAACAUUGUUUUGUUUGCGAUUAAGCCAGAGGGUGGCCUUGAAACAAUUAACUACCUUGACUCUUGGUGGAGAGAAAAGAGCAUGAUAUACUGUAAACAGAAGCGCAUGUUGAUAUUUUGGCUUUGCCACAAAGGAAACUUGACAUGUUAGGAAGGAGUAAAAUUACCCAACAGCCCAGAAUGUGUGUAUUUUGUAACAGAAUAAGGGAGUAAUUGGAAAGUAAGCCCUGCCAUUCAGGAAGACAAACUCUAACGGAAGCUGAUAUCUGUUGCUGUGAUUGGCUCAUGCUGAUCUCUUGCAGAGAGUCCUAAGCAGAGUCUGCAGAGAACUCCCAUUGUACCCACAAAGCAUUCUACUUCCCCUUCCCUCAAAACAAACAUUUUUUUAAAAAACCUUGAAAAAAGUCAGGUCAUCAGCUUCUCUUUCCUGAACCUGCUGCUUAUCAGCUGUUGGUCAGCAGGCAGAGAGGAGUUCCGGUUAGACCAUGCAGAGCAUGUCGGGCACCCAGACCUUUCCCCGUUGCUCCUUCUCCAUUCCCAGCCACAACAGCCACUCUGUGCAUAGCUACAUCCUCCAUGUGAGCCAGUUUGUGGUGGUGCUCAGAGCAGUUUCUUCAAUGCCCAAAGGUGCCCCCUGGCCCAAAAGGGCUGGGACUCCCUGGCCUGCGCUAACUAUGUAGUGAGCUGGGCUGUGUGUGCUAAGAUGCCACAUAACCUACACAGUGUCCUUUGCCUCAGCAUAUCUGCAGCCGCAGAUGUUUGAUGGCCGCACAGCGAUAAACUGCAAUAGGACCCAGUCCCGUGGCAAGCUCCUGUACAUAAUCGCUCACUGUGUGAAGCAACCAUUACACAUAAGCAAUCCUAAGGGUCUAUAUAACAACUGUUUUGUAUGAAGCAGCCCUUAGCAAUUAUGGAGAAGCUAGACUUGUGUAAGUUGGUAAAUAUCUUUAUCUUUGCAAACAGCUUAAGAUCUGGAUAGAUAAAAAGGAAAGUAAAUCUAUUGUUCUGGGUCUACAGAGUUGAAGGAAAUUGCAUCCUGGCUUUUGCUAUCGGCCAGGGGGUAAACAAUUGCUGGGUUGCAUAUUUAAGGGCAGGGAGGUUCACCUGUACUGGUUAGAUGAUAUUGCUGAGAUUUUGUAAUUCAAAGAACUGGUACUUGAAGUUGUUUUCUUUCUUCUUCCCUCCCCAUUCCUUUUACCUUUUGUACUAUCCCUUUUAGAUGGUGAGCCUGCAGGCAGGAAGUUUCUUAUAUUUCAUUCCUGUACACCAUUUGGAAUAUUUUGGAUGCUUUCUGAUAAAAAUAUUGAAAUAUAAUGGAGGCCAAAAUCUUGGAUUAAUGUAUUUUAUAAUAUGCCAGAAAAGUUGUCUGUUAUUAACACAUUUUUAACUGUCAGUUUCUUUUUCUGUACAUUUAAGUUGCUCUGUUCUCAGAUGUGCACUAUAUUAAAAAUCUUUCUGAUUUAAAUUAAUAAAUCUAACCCCAAUGUGUGCAUGAGCACAUCCUUAA